AUUAAAAGCGGGAAAUAAUAUACAAGAAAUCUCGGGAUACUGGCGUUAUUUUUUUUACACUAAUUUCUGCCUAUUUAGCAUCCCUGAUUUCGGUGAUUUGGCUGUGUUUGAUGACUUGUUUUUGUUUUCGUUUAAUAAUAAAAUUGUAAGAUAGAAAAAAAUUAUAAAAACAAUUUAAAUAUAAAUAAAUGUAGUUAUGGAGAUAGAAAAGUACACUUUACAAUCUAUUAGACAACAGUUAAUAGAUAAUAACUUACAAGCCAAAGCCAUUAUCCAGGAUAUUCUAUCUUAUCGUGGUUCAAUAAAAGAAUUAGAAGCUUUGAAUGAAGCUGGCCGUGCCAAAUUAUCUGCUUUGAGGAAAAAUAUCGAUAGAUUAAAUGAUUGGGCCCGAGAUACCGGUGAUCCAGCUUUGUCAAAAGAAGUUGACAUCCAGAGAGAACAGUUUUCAAAAGUAUUGCAGGCAUUCCGAAAAGCUAAUGUGACUAGUAUGUUGGAAAUUGAAAAGGCCAAUCGUGAAGAAUUAAUGGCGAUUACGGGAGAAAGUGAUUUACGACAGCGACACAGUUCAACAAUUCACAAUCGCGGCAGUUUAGUAACGCAGGAAAACAAUGUCACCGAAAAAAUGUUAGCCAUUUCCCGACAUCUAUCUGAAACUACCCAGAAAAGCGCCAUUACUCUGGAAACAUUGGUGGCAUCUUCUCAAGAUGUGCAAGCAACAAGAGAGGAAUUGCAAAAUACAGCCGGCACUAUAUCGCAGUCAGGAAAAUUGCUAAAGAAAUAUGGGCGACGUGAAUGUACUGAUAAAAUAUUAUUAUUUUUUGCAUUUGCUUUCUUUCUUGCGUGCGUUUUUUACAUAGUACAGAAGAGGCUUUUUUAAACCAAUCAAAACCCAUAUAUAAGCCGGCUAAAAUUGUAAGGGUCAAAAAAAAAUUGAUAAUAGCAUGGAAGACUCACAAGACUGUUUAGGGAUUGUUAGAUGAUUUUGUUGUGAAGCAUUUUUUAUAUAUGUUUAAAAAUUUGCAUCUAUUUUCCUAUUAGAAUGAUAUAAGUGGUGAUAAAGAUGAGUUCCCUCGAUUUUAUUCUUCUUUAUAUAUAAAUAAGUUAAUGCUUUAAGCUUUUUUAUUCAGUACACGACAUAAUUUAUUGAAAC